CUGUGCGAGUGUAAUUAUAAUCAACACAUCAAUCAAUUAUUCCACAACAACAAGAAGAGAUUGCUUUCUUCACUCUCUCUCUCCCUCUGUCUGUAUUACAAUACAUAAUAAUACAAUUUUCAUAUACAUAAAUACAUUUUAAAGCUCAUUUCUUUGCCUUGCUCUGGGUAAAUGAUAAGGUUAUCUAGUUAUAAUUGCCAGUAGAAGCUUGGAAAAGAUUUUGGCAGAUCAUCUCCUGAAGUUUUUCUGAUUCUUUUUAUCAAUAACAAAAAGCAACCUAAGCUCUUACGAGGGACCUAUUGUUUUGUGGCCAUGGCAACAAAUGAAAAUCUUCCACCCAAUGUGGUUAAACAACUCGCGAAGGAAUUGAAGAAUCUUGAUGAAUCUCCACCUGAGGGUAUUAAAGUCGGAGUAAAUGAUGAUGAUUUUUCAACCAUAUAUGCUGAUAUUGAAGGCCCAGCUGGGACACCAUAUGAGAAUGGCCUUUUUCGCAUGAAGCUGUUACUUUCACGUGACUUCCCAUACUCCCCUCCAAAAGGGUACUUCCUGACCAAGAUUUUCCAUCCGAACAUUGCAACCAAUGGUGAGAUUUGUGUGAAUACGCUAAAAAAGGACUGGAAUCCAAGUCUUGGACUACGGCAUGUUCUCAUUGUAGUGAGGUGUUUAUUGAUCGAACCAUUUCCAGAAUCAGCUUUAAAUGAACAGGCUGGCAAGAUGCUGCUUGAAAAUUAUGAUGAGUAUGCUAGACAUGCUAGGCUGUAUACUGCAAUUCAUGCCAAACCAAAGCCUAAGUUCAAGUCAGGAGCUAUUUCUGAGUCAACUACAGCUCUCAAUGUUGAUCAAAGUAAUACCUCAGUUCUCAACAGUGACCAGAAGAAUACAGCAGUCAAUGCUGCAAUAGCAUUGCCAUCCCCAUUGUCUCCUUGUUCAGUAGCCACAAAAGGAGGACAUAGUCAGGAACAGUCGGCUGCUGUAGCUCCAGUGCCAGAGACAGGAGUUGGUGGAUCUGUGGCAGUGGCAACACCAACAGUGGCUACACAGAAGAAAGAAGCUGGACCAGCAAAAGCUCAGGCCGACAAGAAAAAAUUGGAUGCAAGAAAGAAGAGCUUAAAGAGAUUAUAAUGUUAUAUGGGACAAAUGAUUGUAUGGAUUUUCUCUGGCUGGCUUUUGUUGCUUAUGAGUGGAGAGGCCCAUGCAAGUCAUGGGAGAAAAUGAGCAUGAGAUGCAAGAUUGGGACUAAUUAUGGAUUUAAUCAAAAACCUCUUUAUUUCA